ACAAGCCAACCCCGCAACGCCAUGGAUGCUAACGAAUGGUGCCCCGCGUUGCGAAGAAAGAGAAAGGAAGCCUAGCCAUCUCCAAGACAACAUACCUAACCUAUAAAUUAACGUUAGAAGGCAACAAAAUACAAGUGGUUAAGAAGGGUCGGAUUGUGUCAACCUGGAAUUUCACCUUCUCCGACCUCGAUUUCAACUCGCCCGAUUGCAACAGUAGCUACGUGCCUAGCUACCUAUCUAUCACAUGAUACUGGUGACAGAUCGAGUCCCUGUUUCACAACUCUUGUCGAAUCUCUUCUUGUGGUUCCGAGCCGACUGCCUAGUUUAUAUCUCUCACCAAACUCUUACUUUGACGCAAUGACUCUCAAGGAGCAAACAAGUGUCUCCGCUGGGCCCUCAGCCCUUCCCACUCCAUCCCCCAUUCCGCUGCCUGACCGGACUCGGGAUACCGCGGAACCGGGUCCAGAACCGGAAACUGGGUCAUCGACAGGGAGUCAAUCAUUCUCAAAGCCAAAGCUCCGCCUCAAGAUUCAAGAUCUCGAUCAUCCCGGCGCAUUCAAGUUCCUCAACUCCGUCAACUCUGCCACUGUGCUCUCCUCCGCCGUAAACAACGUCCUGCGGCUCCUCUACAAAUCACCCUCAGACAAACACACCACAGUCCCGCCCACCCGCUCCGUAACCCUCAUCCUGCGAGACAUGGGCGGCGUGGCAUACACCACAGGGACCGACCUCGACAGCGACCACAAGGAGAUCCACUUCUCGCUCAACUACAUCAACUCCAUCAGCCCGGCCUCGCGGCUCACCCACGAGAUCACGGGGGUGCUGACCCACGAGCUGGUGCACUGCUACCAGUGGGACGCCGAGGGCACGUGCCCGGGCGGCCUGAUCGAGGGCGUGGCCGACUGGGUGCGGCUGAACUGCGACCUGAGCCCGCCGCAUUGGAAGCGGGAGGUGGAUGGCGACUGGGAUAGGGGCUACCAACACACAGCCUACUUCCUGCAAUACCUCGAGCAGCGGUUCGGGGACGGGACGAUCCGCCGGCUCAACGACAAGCUGCGGCGGCACAAGUACAAGUGCGAAGCUUUCUGGCCCGAGCUGUUCGGCGAGUCGGUUGAGAAGCUGUAUGUGGAUUACGUGCAGAAGGAAAAGGAGCGCGACCAAGAGAGCUGCAAAUGACCGUCGUAGCUGAUGGCGAUUUGGAUGGGGGAGUAUGUGGGCGAGCCAA